UUGUGUAUGGUAUAUAUAUCGUAAUUUGAAAAUGAAACAACUUAUAGUUCAAAAAGAAACAGAAGUUUUUAGUUUGAGACCUUGCUAAAAUGGAGAGUUUUGCACUUUAUUGUCUAUUGUUUAGUAUUGUUGCACUUGGUCAUGUAAAAGUCAGUGUUGGCUCAGACCAUCAGAUGGCACAAGCGGCCUGCAUGGGUGUGUCCCAGAAUACUGCAUACGCAUCAGCAAUACCACGGAAUUGUUAUGGGGGAAAGACUUGUGAAAGUAUUUGUGCAGAUGCCACAGCUACAAUGAAUCAAUACUCAACUGCUGGAGGGCCCUUAAGCACAGCUCGUUGUAUUGAAGCUUUUCACAUUUACCAAACACGUGGUCAGGAGAACGUACCAUAUCAACCAUAUGUAGUGGCAUGGAAGUAUGGCGUGAAAGGGUGUUUCCAAACCAACUGUGGACCUAACUUCUGCUGUUGUAUCGUUUAAACAAAAAGUUUUGGAUCCAGAAGAAGAGAUGUUGUCGUUAUUUUGACGAUUAUCAAUAAAGAUAUAUUUCAAACCAA